AUGGCAAUGGCGUUCAGAUCAACAUCCACACCGAGGAUCUCUCGAUCCUUCAGCAUCGCCGUUCUAUUCAUCUUCUUCAUCGUCUACUUUACCAUUCGCGUGCCGCGAGUCGUAAACUCCCACCUCCACGACAUCUCCUACGAGCCAUACUUCCAGCGGCAAUUCCAGGCCUACGUCCUCACCGCAUCAUGUGGCCGAUAUACCAGUGAUGCAGCGACCCAAUUCGACUCCGACACCCUCACCCUCGUCCCCAACCGUUUCGAUAUACCCGAGUGUGAUGCCGUGACCAACAACCAACUGCGCCUCAAGCCCCCCGCCUCUCUCGUCGCCGAAGCAGAAGAAGAGGAGAAAAAAACGGGACGCACGAGCCACAGCGCCGCAACAAAGGACAGCCUAUACCGCGAGAAAUAUGCACAAGUCCUCGACGCAUGCGCAGCGGGAUCGAAAGCCAAAUGCCUCAUUCUUGAAGACGAUGUUGUCUUCCUGCAUAACCCGGAGCGCACGCGCGAGGUCUUAAUCGAGAACACGAUACCGCUGUUUAAUGACGGGGAGAACGAUGCGUUUGACUGCACGAAAAGAGGCUUUGGGUGGUUUCCGAGUACGCAUACGGGGAUGGGCAGCCAGUGUCGGGUUUAUAGCAAGCUUUCGGCCAAGUGUAUGAGCUCGUGUUUGAGGGGGCGUGCGGGGGUUACGGGGCAUGCUGGCUCUGGUGACCCGGGCGCUGCAUCACAUUUUGAUAUUGGGCUGGCGAACUGUCAGAUUAAGUGCGGAUUGAGGCAGAAGAGAUUCUUGUUGGUGGUUCAUGGAGGGUUAGGGUCGACCAUGGAGCGGCCUGAGAUUGACGCUUGA